UUAGCCAUUAUACUAAUGACAGGGGUUUGAGCAGUGGGUGGGGAAUGUGGCCUUAUAGUGAGUCUGGAGAGAUAAGGAGAUCCCUGCCUGAGAAGGCCAAAGUAAAAGAGAAAGAUUUCUGAUGUAGGUGGAGUUAGCAUAGAUCAGGGGAGGGUGAGAAAAGAGAGUUGAACAUGUGCAGAGAAGUGUGAGGAGUGAGGGCAGAGCUGCACUGGGUUAGCAGGGAGUGUUUUACAGAAGAGAGAUCAGGCUGCAGAGACACCACACAGCUGUCACAAAGAAAGGAAGUGUGAUAAUCAGCUUGAGAAAUGACAGUGUGAAUUAUUUGUAGUUGUUCCGUUCAGAGGCUGGGGUGUUUUGUUUUUUUUUUGUUUUUUUUUUAUCAAAAAUGAACAGUGAUGGCAGCAAACAGCGUUAUGUGUCAACCUUCAGGAUGCACAUCAAGCCACCCCAUGCAACUCCUACACCAGGGAAUGGACCAGGAACUACUUGCACCAAAUUUACAGACACAGGAUCUGUUAACCUCUCUGCUCGUAAAUGUCUGGAUCAACCCGUCUUCAUAGAACCACUGCAGGACUGUUGCGUGGACGAAGGAAAUGACAUCACACUGCGGGGGGUUCUCACCGGAAGUCAACCGAUCAAAGUGUCAUGGUUGCACAAUGGUGAAGUGGCCCGUUUUGGGAAUCCUUCCUUCAAUGGCAGGGAGAUGAGUUUUGUGGUGAGGGAAUGCUUGCCGGAAGAUGCUGGCGCCUACACUUGCUUGGCAGAGAACAGUGCAGGGAAGACGUCCUGCUGCGCUGCUGUGUUUGUCAGAGACUUUGAAACUAUCUGCGGUGUCCAGAAUCGAGUUUCAAAUAUCCACGCUUCUACGUCCAAAAGCUUUGUGGAGAACGGAAGGUCACCACAGUCUCCCAAAGACGAGCUACAGAAGAUGAGUGAAUCCACUUAUACCUCCCCUUCAGGCUCUGAUAAGCUUAGCCCAGUCUCAGAGGUCAUCCCAAAGAGGAGAGCCAACUCAGGCACAGGCCCAGCCUUACAUUUUGAAAACCCUCCACAGCACCUCGAAGUGAAGGUGGGACAAACUGCACGAGUGACCUGUGUUUUCACCGGCAGUCCUCCUGUAGUGUCCUGUUGGAUCAGAAACAAAGAACAGAUCGUGGAUGGUCCAGAGCUGUGGACAGAAAACACUGAUCGGAGCAGUACACUGGUCAUAGCAGAGGCUAAACCACAGCACACAGGCCGUUAUACUGUUGUAGUAAAGGACCGCAAGAGCUCAGCACAACACACACUCACCCUUUCUGUCAUAGAGAGGCCUCAGCCUCCAGCCUCCUCUCCUCUGAUCUCACUCAUUUCCACCACCAGCCUUGUGCUGUCGUGGUCGGGCCCCUGCUACGACGGCGGCAGUGCCAUCCUGGGUUAUGUGGUCGAGGUAAAGAACCAAGGAAGUGUUGAGCGUGAGGAUUGGACUGAGCUCACUGCCCAGUGUAAGAGCACCUCGUACAGAGUGUGCUCUGAGCUGCAGCCUCAACAGGAAUACUGCUUCAGAGUGAGGGCCUACAACGCAGUGGGAGUAAGUGAGCCUGGACCAGUGUCACCAGUGGUUCUGAUGGAGCAGAAAGACAAACCACAAGAAGAGGAGGCCCCUCAGGCGUUUUUCAGUGUCACUAUUGACUCCUCACAGAAAGUCACAGAUCACUACAUUUUGCAGGAGAAACUGGGAAUGGGAAAGUUCGGCCUGGUGUUUAAGCUAACCCACAAAGAGACAGGACGUGUGUGUGCAGGAAAGUUCUACAAAGGACGACGUGCCAAGGAAAGGGAGGCUGCUCGCAAAGAGAUAGAGCUGAUGAACGACCUCCACCACCCCAAACUGGUUCAGUGUCUCGCUGCAUAUGAUCACAAGCCUGAGAUGGUCAUGGUCAUGGAGUUUAUCGCAGGCGGGGAACUGUUUGAACGCAUUGUGGAUGACAACUUUGAGCACACAGAGCCCACCAGUGUGCGGUACAUGCAGCAGAUCCUGGAGGGGAUUUCCUACAUGCAUCAGCAGGAUAUUGUUCAUCUGGACCUCAAACCUGAAAACAUCGUAUGUGUUGACACCAAUGGCACCUCCAUAAAAAUCAUUGAUUUCGGAUUGGCCAGCAGACUCGAUGGGAAAACACCUCUGAAGGUGAUGCAUGGGACUCCAGAGUUUGUGGCACCUGAAGUGAUCAACUACGAGCCUGUGACUUUGGCAACUGACAUGUGGAGCAUCGGAGUCAUCUGCUACAUAUUACUGAGUGGUGAGUCUCCGUUCCAGGGUAACAACGAUGCAGAGACCCUGGCCUUGGUCACAGCUGCCCAGUGGGAGUUUGAUGAGGAGAGCUUUGAUGAGAUUACAGAUGAAGCCAAAAACUUUAUCAGCUCCCUGCUCAACAAAGACACCAGGCGAAGGAUGUCUUGUGAAGAGGCACUUGCCCACCCUUGGAUGACCUUAGACUCUGAAGCGCUUGCCUCCACCAAGAGUCUGUCCAAAGAGAAGAUGAAGAGGUUUCUAGCAAGGCAGAAGUGGAAGAAAGCAGGAAAAGCCUUGUUAGCCCUGAAGAGAAUGGCUCUGCUGUCUAAAAGUGACAGUUCAGCAUCUCCUACCAGCCCUGGAGAAGACUCACCCCUGAGCCCGGAAGCUGAGGAUGCCUUGCAGUCUCUGGAGCGUAAGAUGCAGGGGCCACCCCAGUUCACCCAGAGCCUGGAGGAUCUGACGGUAGCUCGGGGAUCCACUGCCCGUCUCUCAUGUCACCUCACAGGAUACCCUGACCCGGAGGUGGUGUGGCUGUGUGGUAAAGAGCCUCUGGUGGAGUCACCCACAGUACAGAUAGAGUACGAGGAAGAUGGCCACUGUACCCUGGUCUUAGUCAAAGUUGACCCACAGGACACCAAUACUUACACCUGUCGAGCCACCAAUGACCACGGGGAGACAUUCUGCUCAGCCAAACUCACUGUUCAAGAGUAGAUUUAUUAAAACUACAGACAUAAAAUUUUAACAGUAGUAUUGUACAUUCUAGUUUUAAUACAAAUGGGGACCAAACUGUACAUCCUGUGUGGCUGGAAAUAUAUAAUACAUUUAUUAUUGUACAGAAUGUAUGGACUGAUGAAUAUUGUUACAGAGCUACAAGCAUAUUAGGUUGAUAUUUCUUCAUAGGCAUACUGUUUUCAACCUGUUUUUUCAGCUAAAAUCUUCCAGCUUUUUCUUACUUUGCCUCAUGGGGGAAUUAUUUAAUAAUCCCUUGCAGUACAAAUAAAUUGAGAUAUCCCUUUCGUGA